AUGACUGAAGGAGGAGCCCCGAAAGGGCUUUCGGCCCAGCUCGACAAAAAGCGCAAGCGCCAGGCCGAGGACUCGACUAAGCAAGACAAGCCCGAAGCUGCUCCCGCAGCAGCCUCGGCAGCAGGUGGAGAUGACGCAAACAAGAAGAAGCGCAAGAAGAACAAGAAGAACAAGAACCAGUCUGAACAAGAUGUGAAGACGCAAGAUCGCAAGGGCGGCGUCGAUGAGUCUAUUGGCAAGAUGGAUGGGCGGUUGCUGGCCGAUUACUUUGCUCAGCGCGCGCAGAAGCUGGAUAAGGAGCUUUCGGCGGUGGAGUUGGGUGACCUUUCAGUCCCAGAUUCGGCUUUUGUCGAUACCACAUCGUUUUCCGACUCUCGAUCCUUGGACAAACUCCCCGAUUUCCUCAAGAUGUUCAGCCCAAAGGGUGCCGACCUUUCCAAGGCAUCAAAAAAUAAGGGAACGCCCCAUACACUGGUUAUUUCUGCCGCUGCGCUCAGAGCUGCGGAUGUCGUUAGGGCACUGCGGGCUUUUCAGACCAAGGAAUCGAUUGUCGGGAAGCUGUUUGCGAAGCACAUUAAGCUGGAAGAAGCGAAGCAAUUCCUUGAACGUGCACGGACUGGAAUUGGCGCCGGCACACCGGCCAGGAUAUCUGAUCUUAUCGAGUCUGGUACUCUCAAGCUGGAUGAACUGGAGCGCAUUGUCAUUGACGGAUCGCAUAUUGACCAGAAGCAGCGUGGUAUCUUCGACAUGAAGGAGACACACUUCCCGCUGUUGAAGCUUCUUACUCGGCCGGAGCUGCGCGACCGAUAUGGGGCUGCGAAGAGCAAGGUGCAGAUUCUGAUGUUCUGA